AUGGACGCCUCGGUGGUCAUUAGGCUCCCGGCCUUUGAUCUACUAGGAUUCAGCCUAGGGCUUGCCUUCACCAAGGGCUCUUCUCUUGGCAACCCUCCGGAGCCCAGGGCCCUUCUAGGAGCGCAGGUUAUCUCGUAUGAGCGCAGUCCAGAUCUCGGGUUCCACUGCCGACUUGGGUACAAUACCACUCUGCGCUUCCUCACUGCUGCCGAGGGGCCGCGGUUUUCCUUCAUCUCACGGCCCCAGGGAGUGGACGACCCAGACAAGACGUCGCUUACCCAACCCCUCAGCGCUUCCGCUCUCCACUCGCAAUUUGUGGCCUUCUCGGCUCUCCAAGGCGAUUGGGUCCCCACUGAGUACCCAACAACCCUAAAGUUGGCCAUCGCCUGCGUCAGUGUGCACUUCGUGCUGGAUCUGCGGCAACUUCGAGCCUCGAAGGCCUGCCAGCCCGCGGCACCGUCCUCGUCCGGAACUGGCCUGCAUGUGCUCCCUGCAAAUAAGAUUUCACAGAACGACAGGAGACAAAUUAACAACAAGCAAUAG